AUGAACAGGUACAAGGUGAUUAAGCAGAUGGGCGAUGGCACGUACGGCACCGUAUGGAAGGCCAUGAACCUGCACACCAAUGAAAUCGUGGCGGUGAAAAAGAUGAAGCGGAAAUUCUACUCGUGGGAGGAGUGUAUGAGUUUGAGAGAAGUCAAGUCGCUGCGCAAGCUGAACCACAGCAACAUCGUGCGGCUCAAGGAGGUGAUUCGCGAGAACAACGAGCUCUUUUUCAUCUUUGAGUACAUGGACUGCAAUCUGUACCAAGUCAUGAAGGACAGAGAGACUCUUUUUCCCGAGUCGAAAAUACGCAGCUGGAUGUACCAGGUGCUACAAGGCCUAGCCUACAUGCACAAGCAUGGGUACUUCCACCGCGACUUAAAGCCCGAGAACCUGCUGGUGACCAAGGACGUGAUCAAGGUGGCGGACUUUGGGCUCGCCCGGGAGGUGCGGUCGCGGCCGCCCUUCACGGACUACGUCUCCACGCGAUGGUACCGUGCUCCAGAGGUGCUUCUGCAGUCCACUGUGUAUAACGCCCCCAUUGACAUGUGGGCCAUUGGGGGCAUCAUGGCAGAGCUAUUUUCCCUCCGCCCGCUCUUCCCUGGCGCCAGCGAGAUUGACGAGAUAGUGAAGAUCUGUUCCGUCAUCGGCACGCCCACCGUGCACACGUGGCCGCAGGGCCUCAAGCUCGCCGCUGCCAUGAACUUCCGCUUCCCAGAGUACUCGCCCAUCCCGCUGUCGAAGCUCAUCCCAUCAGCAUUCCCCUCUCGAACUCCCCCCUCCCCUCUAAACCCCCCCCCACCCCUAACACCAGUACUCGCCCAUCCCGCUGUCGAAGCUCAUCCCAUCAGCCUCUCCCGAGGCCAUUGA